GUGAGAUUUGGCCACAUUCACGGUUAUUUCUCAUGUUAUUCCAUUCCACUUGGGAAAUCAAGGGAAGCCUGUGCAAAAUAAGGUGGCUUAAAUUAUUUUUGCCAAGGGACCAAAAGCCCUCUUUGAUGUCUGCAUCCUUUGUAGUAUAUUAGAGAGUAUACUGAAUGUAGAAGGCUCUGCCAUUUGCUUACUGAUCCAGGGCAAGUCUAUCACAAGGGUGAUAGAAAAAGACAAGAAAAAACAUUGUCUUUGGAAUUAGACUUGGGUUUGGAUCCUUGUUCUAGCAUAUUAGCUCUGUAUACUUGGUAUACUAAAUGCCUCUGAACUUUAGUUUCCCCAAAGUGAAAAUGUAUUGAACUCUUCAUUUGGUUAAGCAAGUUCUUGGACUAGACCUCUUGUUUGUUUCGUUUUUCUUUUUGGCGGUACCAUGCAUUAUUUGGAUCCCGUUCCCCCUGCAGUGGAAGUGUGGAAUCCUAACCACUGGACUGCCUGGGAACUCCCAGGACUAGACAUUUUGGAAGGAGUUGGAGAGUGGGGGUGGUGGCUCAGAAAGAGCUUCUCUUUCAGAAAUGUGGCUGCUUAACCCCUGUGCCUGUGAUACUUGUGCUUGACACCCACAAACUUGGAAGGUGGGAGUCAAUCAUUUUGACAAGUCUCCUGAAACGAACAGCUAGCAGGAGCUGAACCCUUUUUCCAUUUGGUCUCGUGGCAAAGGCAGAGAUCACACCAGCAGCUCCACACAAUAUGCCGUGCUCAGUAGUGCCCUCUGAACAGUCUUCUGGUACCUCUCUCUUGGCUAAAGACAAUGCCCCAUUUUGGGAUUCCUUGGAUGAGGACGGAUUGGAUGACUCCUUGCUGGAGCUAUCUGAUGGGGAAGAUGAUGGCCAUUUCAGUUUCACAGAGGAAGAGAUUCAGGAACUCUUGAAGGAUGAUGACCUAUCAAAUGAGCACUUUUCUUGGGGAGGAGGCUUGCCUAAUGAUGACAGCAGGAAUGUUGAGAAGGGAGGGAAAGGGAGUCAAAUUCCACUUGAUACUCCCCAAGAGAAAAAUUCAUUGUACAGCUUGGGACCAGAAGCUGAGACCCCUAACCUCUUCAAACUACCUCAACAAAAUACAUCAGUUGGUCAUGGACCAACUCCUACUAAACCAUUGAACAGACGCUUUGCACUAGAAAAGAAUCUUAUAAAAGUUACAGUUGCACCAUUUGAUCCAACAGUUUGUGAUGUUGUACUUGAUAAGGAUAAGACUGAUACAUCCAAAGUUACUGAAAAACCCUCCUCCCUUGGAGAAGAGAUGAGAGAAGAUGGUCUUAGCCUAAAUGAGAGCACAGUUUGCACAGAAUCUGAAGGGAUCAGUCUCAGUAACUCUGCCUAUGAUGGGCCCCCACUCCCUUCUUCAAACAGUAACUUUCAACUAACUGUCUCUGAUAAAAAUAUGUCUGACAAUAAGAGACCUACACCUGUAUUCUCUGAGAUCUUGGACCAUUCAGAGACUCCUAAUACGGGGUCAGCCUGGAGAAAUGGAUCACAGAAAUCAAGUUUUGAAAUGAGGUUUCCGGUUGUUUCCAGUUCAUCAAACAAAGAUGUUCUUGACAAGGAUUCUGGGAAGCUGAAGGUCCAUGAAAAAAGACUAGGCAAAGUCAUUCCUGUUCUGCAAACCAAAACAAGGAUUAAUAUUCCGACAUUUUCACCAUCAGAUCUAGAAAAGCAGAAGCAAAGUUAUCUCAGGAAUGUCAAUGCUCAUAUAGAAGACCCAGUGGAUUCUAACCAAGGUACCUUGCGGGGGGAGCUGUGUGCCUUGAUGGGUCAAGUUCAUCACAUGCAGAACCCAAAAUGGCAGCAUCCUUCGGACCUCACCAGGCGAAACUACGCCCGGUUCCGACAGAAAUCUCUGCAAAGAUACAGUCUGACUCAGUGGGUUGACCAGAACAUGCGAAGCCACCAUCGGUUCCAGCGUCUACCAGAUUUCCCGUACAGUCCAUUUGUCUCCUCCCAUCAGCAGUAAAGGUCCCUAUCCAGGGUCCUGUCCAGAGCAGCGUCUCAUCUUCUGCUGUUUUGUGCUUUGUAGAUUUUGAAAUAUUUUUUCACAACAUUUUAAUUUAAAGAACUUGUCACCUUUUGGAAGUGCCCAUUGCUGACUUGAAAUUUUUUGUAUAAGGUCCUUCCUGUUUAUGUGUGUGUAUGCAUUUAAGCAGUGUUGAGUUGAUAAUAGUUUUAAUUUUUUAAUUUAAAUUGAAGGUGGCUGCCGCCUGAAAGCCGACAUUAAGUCAAAACACCCAGGCUCAAGCAAAACACCCACCUCUAUGCAGAGGUGAAGUCUACUUCUGGUGCCCAAAAGAAAUCAUCUUUUAAUCUCCUAUGAGGAAGAGAUUCUUUAUCAGGCUGCAAGCCAGUAUUAAAUUAUUGCUGAUGACUUAUAAAUGGAUACAAGUCACUUGUAACAACCCCUCUUACCUUUUUUAUUUGAAUCUCCGAAUACCUGUCAGUAUUUUAAAGUUGGUAAUCCAGGACAUCUGAAGUAGUUGAAAGGACAAAUUAGAAGUGUAAAUCUUCUCUUCUUUUUGUACCUACUAGCUGCCUUUAUUUUUUGGCUUUUUUUUUUCAUUCUUCAUUAAAUUUAUUUUGCACAAUAGUGUUUACAAAUCUUGUACAUCUUAACUCUAACAGAAGGCUGGUGACUAACAACCCCUGUUGAUUUGUGAUCUUGUGACUGUCUGCCUUCUCUGCCUUUCUUCAAGGAUAUUCCUUCAUUUUCCCCCAGUGACCUUAGGGCUCUACCGGCAUAUUCCUGUAUCCUAUUAGACAUAGAUAUGCCUCUUAAGAAGAGCCUUACUGCGCUCUUUAUUGAAGAGCCGCCCACCCAGAGUCUUGAUUCUAGGACAGGCCAGAAAGCAGUGCUAUUGAGAGGUGUCAGUUGGUCUUCAGUCUCAUCUGCUGAACUCCAGUUCAAGUAUGAGUUGACGUGUUAGUGAGCUUCCAUCCUGUGGGAGAGACUUUGGAGAAGCUGUCUUGUGUCUCCAUUAUUAGUUAAUAAGAGGUGCCUUUUGAUCCAGGAUCUCCUUACUUGGUCAGACCUCUGAUGUACAGUUUUACAAAACUACUAAAGUGAAUCUAAAAUAGUUUUGAUUAAGCCUGUGCACAAAGCAUUACCUGAUCUUAAGGGUAACGUUAUGUGCAGCUAUCUUUUUUUUUUUUUUC